CCAUCAAUACUCACAUCAACAACUUUCCGCCCAAAUUUCAUCCGUUCAUUAUUUAUUCAAACUGAAGAAACUCCAAAUGAACAAGCUUUAAAAUUCUUACCAUCAACCAAUAUAAUGCCAGCUGGUGAGACAUUAGAAUAUUUAUCAGGCCGUGAAGCAUUUGCCUCGCCGUUAGCUAGGAAAUUAUUUGCCAUUGAAGGUAUUAAGACUGUGAUGUUUGGUUCAAAUUUUAUAACUGUUGAGAAAAAGACAAAUAUUCAAUGGAUGUUGAUAAAACCUGAGAUUUUCAGUAUAUUAACUGAAAGUUUAACAUCAGGAGAGCCUAUAUUUGAUGAGAAUAUGGUAUUACCAAAAGAUGCUGCAUUUGAUGAAGAUGAUGAUGAUAUUGUUGCUAUGAUUAAAGAAUUAAUUUUCACUAAGAUUAGACCAGCCAUACAAGAAGAUGGUGGAGAUAUUGAAUUUGUUAAAUUUGAAGAAGAUAGUGGUACUGUUGUGUUGAGAUUAAGAGGUGCAUGUAGAUCAUGUGAUAGUAGUAGUGUUACAUUGAAGAAUGGUAUUGAAAGUAUGUUGAAGCAUUAUAUUGAAGAGGUUGAAGAAGUUAGACAAGUUGAAGAAGAGGAGGAGGAG